AUAAGGACCCUACAGCCACAUUCUUCCCUGUGCAUUCGUCUCCCUUUUGGGCUCUCCCCCUUUUAUGUAAUCGAUUUGGAGUAUUUGCUCCAACAAGUAGUUUCCAGUCUUGAAGUCAGCAUGGAGAUGAAUUCCUCAGCGCUUUGUGCUUUGGCUAUUGUUCUGUUGGCAUUUGUAGAUUUGAAAAUAGUCUCUGCUGCUGAAACUGGAGGCAAAUCUACAGUACCGAUCCUCCAGAAGGCAGGUCACUGCCCGCGGCUUCUGAACGUCGUGCCGUCACACAAGGGAUGCGUCUGCGAUGAGGACUGUCCUGGAGAUGACAAGUGCUGUGUCUUUGACUGUGGUGCCGUGUGUGUCCCACCUGCCUUCACAAAGCCAGGAGUGUGCCCUCGCAGACUAUGGGGCUCAGGGAUGUGUGCUGAGUUCUGUUCCAACGACAGUGACUGCGCCAAUGAUGAAAAAUGCUGCCACAACGGAUGUGGGCAUGAGUGCAUUGCACCUUACACAGUGAAGCCCGGUCGAUGUGCCCUGCCCAAGGGGACCCCCAUGUGUGCUGAGUACUGUUACCAUGACGGUCAGUGCCCAGAGGAACAGAAGUGUUGCCGGACAACCUGCGGCCACGCCUGUAGCGAGCCAUGCUCAUAGGACAGCAAGGUUUGGGUCGGGAAAUUAGUGACAACGCUAAUAGACUCCUCAAAUCCUUCAUUUCUACAAAAAAAUAAGAGUUCUCUUCCAAGAACAGGAAUGCUUCAGGUUUUUUUUUCUUUUCUUGUUUGUAUUCCAAUCAAUAAAAUGGUCUGUGUAGCCUUUAAAUACAUUCCUGUGCAUUUA